CCGCACAACCACUCAAUCCUUGACCCAAUCACGCCCCCUGGCUCCGUUCAAUGUGGAUCUACGGGCUGUAGUAGAGAAUGGGGAUAUGGCUCCGUCUCCACGAAGAGUAGAGAGGCGUAUGUAUCUGUAUGUAUGUGUCGGCGUUCUUUCUUCUCUUCAUCUCCUUCAGCUCGUAGGCGUCCCGUCCGCGAUGCGCAAAUGCGGGUGUCGAGAGGGGGGAGAAAUCUCCGUAGGGGAUUUCUUGCGUCCCGUCUCCUUAUUAUUGAAGUAUGUACUUUGUAGGCACAACGUAGGCAUUUUGGUACGUAUGUAUGUACGCAAUGGGAUUAUUCGUCCUUGGCACCCAUGUGGGUGUGCUGUCUGGUCUGUCGUGUGUCGGGUGAGAACGGGUUGGGAUGGGGCAAGUUGUUCGGCGUUUACCACUGCCCAGCAAGCCAGUAUUGGGGCGGCAUCCAAUAUUAGGCAAUAUCCACGAUCCGCACCAUGAAUCCCAUCGUUCCUAGUAGCUCUAUUUUACCCGACAAAGGUUAAUCGACCUUGGUGGAGACGAAGGCGGGGCUAGGCGAGAGUCGACUGAUCGAAGAGGCGAUUGCACUUGCACUUGCACUUGUUGAUCGAGUCGUAAGGAUAGGCAACCCCGAUGCGGUGAGCGUCAGCCCAGGUUUCUCCUGUGUCGUAAGGUCCAGGGUAGUCGAGCGAACAUAUGUUUGCUGGUCAUCUUUUCGCCAAAUCCACGGUGCAUGAUGGGUUGGAAAAGCGAAGUAAGUAAGCUAUGGGAUAGUCAGUGUUAUUAACAGC